CAGACCGCAGCGCAGCACAGCGGACUUGAGUGCAGACUCUUUGCAGACUGAACAGAACGCUGGGCAAUUUACUGUUUGAAGAAAAUAAUGUCCAAGUCUUCAGGUUUCUCUUUUGAUAUUUGAUGAUAAACCAGUCAUGAUUAGGAAAUUAGUGGUAGUUUCAUAAGACCGUUAAGUUUUUUUGUACCCGCUGAAACUUUUAAUUCAUCAGCUAUGGCUGAAAUGAGACUAGAAAAUAUGGCUUUAACAGCCGAAAAUCUACAGAUGUUGAUUUCUCACUUCUACUCUGAGAGUAAUAAUCCCACUGAACAAAUGCGAGCACACUCCCUCUUGUCACAAGCCCAAGCAUCACCAGCUGCUUGGAGCUUUGUGUGGGAUCUACUUUUUUUGAAUAAGUCCGCUGAAGUUCAAUUUUUUGCUGCAUCUACACUUCAUUUAAAACUUGUCAAGUUUUGGCCUGAACUACCUGCUGAACAAAGACCUGCUCUACGUGAAAAGCUUAUGUCAACCAUUAUGACGUUCUCUUCUGGGCCCAAAAUAGUGCUAAGCCGUUUGUGUAUAGUGAUGGCAACAAUGGCUUUGCAAAUGCUUCCUGAAGAUUGGCCAAACGCUGUGGAAGAGAUAGUGGAGCACUUGACUUCAUCUAGGCAGACCCAAAUACACUCUGACAGAGCAUUGUGGAUUCUGCUAGAAACCCUGACUGUCUUGGCUGAAGAAACACAGUCAAGUACAUUCCAGCAACAGCAUCGUGAGAGUGUGAGAGCAAAGCUUGACCAAUCAGCCCCUGGAGUUUUUAAACUCCUUGAAAAAACUAUACCUGAUGGAAUUCCUGAUUCUUCAGUUACAAAUAUUGAUAAUAUUUGUCAAGCAAUACGUUGUUCAAGUGCAUGGCUACAACUGCACCUACCACUAUCACUCUGUAGUACGCUUUCAUCUAAACUAAUAAAUGUUGUUAAAAUGUGUAGUCAAGGACAUGAUACAAGUAACGCAGGAAUGGCUGAUCUUGCAGUUGACGCACUCACAAAUUUAUUGUGCCGCCCUAAUAGUCACAAAUUUCCUGCUACGGUAAUGCAAAUAAUGGAAGAAUAUGUCAGUUUAAUGGACAUAGUGCAAGUUCAGUUGAAUUCUCCUGAGCCUGACGAGGGUCUGGUCUGUGCUGUGUUCACCCUCAUGGUAUCAGUGGCUGAAAACCAUUCACACUUACUUCUUGAUUCCUUACUUCUUCCUGAAGGGGCUUCAGCAAGGAAUACUGCCAUGCGCCUUAUUCAAGGUAUCCUUCAGUGCUCCAACAUGCCAGGCCAAUAUCCUCUUGAAGAAAACUGCUCUCAAAUGGCUUUCGGAUUUUGGUAUAUGCUUCAGGAUGAUGUUAUAGGUUCUGAUCCUACACCAUAUCAUCAGUUGGUACAAUUACUUGCCCCAGUUUAUGCAACUUUAGCUGAGAUACUGUUGCAUAAAAGUAUGUUGCCUGAAAGGAAUGAUCUUGAAAGCAAUUGGAACAGUGAGGACAAAGAGAGCUUUCGCUGUUACAGACAAGAUGUAGCAGACACUUUGCUCUAUUGUUAUUCAAUCCUUCAUGAGUCCUUACUACAAUUAUAUUGGAACAAACUUGAUGCUGCUCUACAAAGUCUUCAAACCAACCCUACUUCAUGGCGGCACUUGGAAACAAUUUUACAUGGAUUCUUGUCUGUAGCUGAAGUUGUACCAAUGGAAGAAGAUCGCUUUCUGCCCAAUCUACUUGCAGGCUUAAAAGCUCUCCCUUUAAAUCACUUAGAUGUUAGAGUUGCUGGCACAGUUUUGGAGACUGUUGGCGCCUAUGCAGAAUGGAUCAAUCAUCAUCCCUUAGCACUUCGAGAUGUGAUGCCUCUUCUUCUUAUGGGAUUAGAUUGUGCGGAAGUUGCAACAUCUGCUACAAUGGCUUUGAAAGAUCUAACAAGAGAUUGCCAGCCCUCUAUUUCUCCUUUCUGCUCACCUAUACUUCUUGCAGCCAAGCAAGCUUUAGCUGCAGGUCAUUUAAGAGCGGCUGAAAGCAUUAGAAUGAUGCAUAUUGUGGGUCGAGUUUUGUCAAUUUGUCCCUUACAAGACAUUCUUUCAUACUUGGAUGAAGUUUUACUUCCUCGGGUAACAGAACUACAAGAGCUUGCUCAUCAAGUGCCAAACGCACAUGUCAAGGCAAACAUUCUGUUACGUUUACGUAUGGUUAGCACAUUGUUCUCCACAUUAGACACUCGGCUGCCAACUGAUGAAGAAUCAGGGGAAGCAGGUCUUGUUGUGCCAGCCAGAACUGGCAGUGGUGAAGGGGAUGCUCCUGAAGUUCAACCUGUCCAAGUCAUUUUGCGUUGGCUGCUUCCUGUGCUUAAAACAGUUAUAGAGCAUUGGGCCAGUGAUGAACACAUUAUGACAGCUGUUAGCUCUUCCCUUAAAUACGCAUCUGGAACUCUGUUGGAUGAUUGUAAACCACUCUUGCCUGAUAUGGUUAACCUUUUGACUGCAGCAUUUUGUUUACACCCUCAACCGUCUCUUCUUGACACAGCUAAGCAGCUGUUAAUAAUGUUUGUUACCGACACUGAUCAUGCUGCAUUAAUGCGAGGGAUGCUUGCUGACUGCACUGAGGUGUUCUUACGAGUGUGCAGAUCAGCACCCAAUUUAUCUCCUCAGUCUGAUCUCAUUCAAGCUUUCUACAACAUGCAUCUCAAGUUAAUGAAAAAAGAUAUUCACACUGUAUCCCAAGCAGUUGGAAAUAAUUUAUCUGAGAUUUUUAAAUGUGGAAUGGUGUCUCUCAGUUUACCAGAAUGUGGGGCCUCUAAGGCAUCUGCAGCCUAUCUAUCAUAUUUUAUCUUAGGUAGUAGAGAAGUGCCUCAUAUGAACCAAAUUGUAAAGGAGUUUGGUCAUGAUCUUACAUCUCGGAUCUUAAGAUGUAUAGGUGGAGAAACUCCAAGACAGUGCAUGGACCCCUUAAUAGAUGUUCUUCUAGCUCUGAACAAAAAAUAUUGUGAAGAUCUUGCACGUUGGUUGCCAACUUUAUUAUCCCAGGAAAAUUUCCCCACACCACGUCCUACUAUGACCGAAAAAGAACAAUUUGUCCAAGCGGUCUUGAGAGAAAAGGCCAACAAAAGAAAGCUGCAAGAUAAAGUUCGUGCAUUUUCCCUUUUAUGUCGAGGUUUGGUGAAUGAAUACGGAGAACAGCAGAGCCCAUUUUUCUGACCCAUGGACAAUGACUCCUUUUGUGAUUUUGAUGUGAGUGAGUAAUAGCCAUUUAAACUGUACAUGUUCCUAUAAUAUCAAUGUGGAAUGAGUGAGUUUUUUUUCAUGUGAUCUAUACUUAUUCCUUUAAAUAAAUCAUGUAUUGUAUCAGAUAUCAGGUUGAAGUACCUCAUUGGGGUUAAAAGACACACUUGAUGAAAGGCCAUAGUAUGUACUUAUAUUACUAUUCUGAAUAUGUUCAAUUUGAAUUUUACUUUUAUUAUUUUAGAGUGACCCAUCCUUAAAAGGUUUUAUUUCCAAACUAGUAUGUGUGUACUCUAUGUCCUGGUUUUUGUAUUCUGUGAUCCGAGGGAUUAGCAAUCUUGUAAAUGGUGUAAUACAAGUAAAUCCAUACUUUUUUUAAAAGGGAAUUAUUUUUAUUGACUGCGCAUAUCAAUUAAUAUGUUCUAGAAAAUUUCAAACCAAGCUCUAGAACUUAAAAUUCAAUAAGAUUUAAAAAAAAAAACAAAUACAUUUUUCCUGUGUAUUUGUGUUUAAUUUUCAGGGGUUGAUGAAACUGUACAUGGCCAAAUUAAGCUUUGCAAUUCUAAUUUUUAGCGUGUAUUUUUGUAGUGUGGGCCAUUUUGGAGAUUUUCUCCACAACUCUCCCUAGUUAAAAGUCAAAUUUAAAUUUAAAUUGAACAUUCAACUCCCAUGUAAAAACCGAAAAACUACUUGUUUCAGAUGGUCGUUUAAAGUAUUUCAAAGAUUAUGGCGACCAGUACAAAUUUGAGUUCUAAACUCCUAGUUAGACAAUUUUUAUGAGCAAAUCCUUGUUUAAUGUUUUAAAAUUAUGAAGGCCAUUCUUAAUUUAAAUCUUUACAAAUCAUUGUUUUUAAAACCCUGUGAUUGAUAGUGGUAUAUUAUAUCAGCUCCAGGUGAGAUUUUUAUAAUGUGUUGAGUAUGAUGUAGAUGAGUAGGACAUGCAUAAAUUUGUAAAUAGUUUUUCUUGCAGAUGUAAAGUGUACAAUUCAAGCUCUAUCAUUAAGUUUGAAAAACUAGUAGUUCAAUCUAGUCAGACAUUGCUGAAGUGUUGCUAUUCCUGGUAGUGCAAUGGGUUCCUUCACUUUUAAGUCACUGUAUUUAGGAAGACUUUAAAAACUGCUAUCUACCUAUGUAUUACAUUCAUGUAUUUUAUACAUGAAAAAUAAGAAUUUAGUCUUAUGGGAAAAAGCAGCAUCCUGUUGUUUGAUUCACAGUAGUACUGUUUUAGUGUGUUAUUUAUUUUUUCCAUGCAAGUUUGGUUUAUACCCUGUUCAUACAGUCAAUUGACUACCGGUAAUCCAACAGUAUUAUGUUUCUAAUUUUAACAUAAUAAUGAAUCGUUCAAUUAAAAUUAUUUUCUCAAGUCUCUUAGAUUAAAAUUCACAACUGAUUGGUGUUUGCAGUUUUAGUACAAUAGACUUAAAAUGAUCUUUUUUGAAGCAAGAUAGUUCAUUCUAAGUUCCUCAGUGAUAGUGUUUAGUCAGAUGAAGUGGAUAGCUUUUUUAGGCAUAUCAAUAAUGUUUCACCCUGUUUAGUCUAACUUCUUAGUCCUAUGACUACUAUGUGGAACUAGUUAUGUGUAGUUCAUUGGAUGUUGUUGAGUACUCUGUGAUGUGUUUUAAGAAGCAUAUCUGUCUACAGUAUCAUGGUCAUACACAAACUGUCUCAAAUUUUGUAUGUUGAGAUGAAAAGUCUGAAUGUGAUUAACAUAGCAUUCCUGCCACCUUCUUCCUAAAUUAUUCUUUGCCUUUGUAAAGAUCAUGUUGUCCCUUUCCAGCCCAAGUCUUCUUGUCUUACCUAAACUGUGUUAACAACAGAGUCAGUGUUUUGAGGUAUGCUAAAUGUGUGAUGACACUUUAUGGUAUAAUAUUCAGUUUGCAGUCUGAAAAGUAGAUCAGACAUAGGAGUAGGAGUGGCUUGGAAUCAAUUAUCAAUUUGCCAAGAAAAGUCUCAUUUUCUAUUAAAUGAUAACAUUUUUGUUCAUGCCAUACGUUUGUUAAAAAGCCACCUAUGAAUCAUAUUUUUGCACUGUCUGUCUACUAUCUGUGUGUUUUGAGUGUAAUUUAUUGUUUGCACUGUGAUACUAAGUGUAAGAUUCGAUCUGAUAUUCUUUUAAAGAAAGGGAAAUUGAAGUCAAUGUUUGUGGUUUUUGUGGGCUUUGUCUGUGUUGCCCGCCACUAUACCAAGCUGUUUAAUUUUCUUUUUUAAUGCUGAAGUGACCUCUAAGUUUGAAAGAAAUAAUUCGAUGUGGAAAA